GAGGGGGGGCUCGCUCCCAUGUCCGAGCCGGGAGCCUUUUUUCUUUUUCUGCUACUUUUUCUUUUUGUCCCGGCGCAAGAGUGCCUUUUUUUGCGUGUUGUUGCGAGCAGGCUACACUGGACGGAAGUCCCAAGAGUUGUUGUUCGCUCUCUCUCUCUCGCCGCUCUCAAGGAGACUCGACCAUCCGCCAUGAAGGGCACGGGCCUCGUAGAUCAUGUCUGCAGAUUCGUUUGGCGCCGGCGGCAGCGAUGCCCAGCAGACUCUGCAGUCCUUCUGGCCUCGCGUCAUGGAGGAGAUCAGGAACCUGACUGUGGACUUUCGCGUGCAGGAGUUGCCACUGGCUCGAAUCAAGAAAAUCAUGAAGCUGGAUGAGGAUGUCAAGAUGAUCAGCGCUGAGGCCCCGGUGCUGUUUGCCAAGGCAGCACAGAUAUUCAUCACAGAGCUCACCCUCAGAGCGUGGAUCCACACGGAGGACAACAAGCGACGCACGCUACAGCGGAACGACAUUGCCAUGGCGAUAACAAAGUUCGACCAGUUUGACUUCCUGAUCGACAUCGUGCCCCGAGACGACCUGAAGCCCCCCAAGCGACAGGAGGAGAUGCGUCAAACGGUGGCCCCGGCAGAGCCUCUCCAGUACUACUUCACCUUGGCCCAGCAGCCCGGCGCCGUGCAGGUACAGGGCGCCCAGCAGGCUCAGCAGGCCGGCUCGCAAACCGCCACCACCAUCCAACCCGGGCAGAUCAUCAUCGCACAGCCGCCACAAGGACAGAUGCUUCAAGGUGCCACCAUGCAGCAGCUGCAGCAGGUGCAGCAGGUGCAGGUGCAAUCGCACGGCACGCCCAUCACGAGCGCCCCCGUGACCAUGCAGGUGGGGGACGGCCAGCAGGUGCAGAUCGUCCAAGCCGCGGCGGCCCAGGGCCAGGCUCAGACGGCUCAGGCGCAAGGCCAGACCAUGCAGGUCAUGCAGCAGAUCAUCACCAACACUGGGGAGAUCCAGCAGAUUCCCGUGCAGCUAAACACAGGCCAGCUGCAGUACAUCCGUUUGGCCCAGCCGGUCUCUGGGGCCCAGGUGGUGCAGGGACAGAUCCAGACCCUGGCCAACACCCAGCAGAUCACGGAAGUCCAAGGACAGCAGCAGUUUAGCCAGUUUACAGACGGACAGCAGUUGUACCAGAUCCAGCAGGUGACGGUGCCAGGGGGCCAGGAACUGACGCAGCCCAUGUUCAUCCAGUCCAGCAACCAAACGGCCGACGCGCAGGUCGCCCAGGUCAGCGCCGACUGAGCAGCUGUAGACCAGGAGGGAGGUCUUCUUAACUUAGUGACCAAUCAGAAGCCAAAGGGACACUGAUUGCCCCGCCCCCAUCAUCAGCACAUCUUUAUGUUUUUAUACUUUUUUAAUACGCCACUGCCAAUCAUGUCACCGUUUCGUCUCCUUGUCGCCGCCCGCAGGUCACAUGAUGCUGUUGGCCCCGCCCCCUCACACAUCUCUCUCAUCUUUGCUUUCUUGUCCAUAUUUCAAGCUUCUUUUUUUGUACAGUAAUGGUGUGAUGUUUCCUUGCAUGUGGUCCAGACUGCCAGCAUGACGUGCAACGGAUCAAUAGAUAGGGUACGCUUUUAUUUUUUGGAACGCUCACUUUUUGUAAGCAAAUCUUGUUUGUGACAAAAUUAAAAAAGAGGAAAAAACUUUUUAACAA